CGUUGGUUAAUUAUUUUGGAUUGUGACAUUCCGAGAAAAAAAAUACAUUUUAUCCGGUGUUUACAUUUAAUUGCACCUCAGCUCAGUCGCUCUAAGAUGGACGGUGGUGGAGCGUACGGUGGUGGAAAAGCUGGUGCACCCUUCGACCCAAUUGCAUUUGUACAGAGGCCUCAGGUUAUCAUAAAAGCAGUAUGUCUGCUUUUCUCGAUAAUCGUCUUUGGGUGUAUCAGCAGCAAAGGGUACAGAGAAGAUUCGACUGGAAAAGAAUACUGCCUUUAUAAUAAAGAUGCAAAUGCUUGUCAGUACGGAGUUGGUAUCGGUGUAAUCGCAUUUUUGGCAUGUAUUGGUUUCCUUGCUGGUGAAUAUUUGUUUGAACAAAUGUCUUCUGUCAAAACUAGAAAACAUUACGUACUUGGAGAUCUUGGAUUUUCCGGAGCCUGGGCAUUUUUAAAUUUCGUUGGUUUCUGCUACCUGACGAACGCCUGGAAUAAAUCAGAAGCGCCAGCAGACGGCUACGGAGUUAAUAAUGUACAAGGAGCCAUUGCAUUUUCAUUUUUCUCAAUAUUUUCAUGGGCAGGAAGUGCUUGGUUUGCAUUCCAACGAUUCAAACAGGGAACAGACGCGGCAUUUGCUCCGAGCUACGAAGCGGAUCCUGUCGGGGGCGCCGGGUACACGAGUUAUCCCGACGCGACGGACGCGGCUUACCAGGAGCCUGGGUACCCUCAGCAGCAGCAGCAACAACAGCAGCAGCGAGGUAUGGGCGAGUUCCAAGCACCUGCUUAUUAAAGAGACCAUUGAUAGUUAAAAUAAAAAAAAAAAUAAAUAAAUAAUAAUAUUUAAAAAACACAAAGAUAUUAUUUUGAAAAAAAAAAAAAAAAAAUAAAUAAAUAAAUAAUAAAAUAAAAAAAUGCACAGAGGCACAGUCGUUAACUUUAUCAUUGAAUGAGACUUGAAUUAUAAAUGCAAUCUUGUUUGCCUCUAAAGUAGUUAAACUUGUACGUAAAAUUAAUUUACUUAAUUAAUUAAAUAACGUAGUACUCAUUUUCCAUAACGAUACUCUUGUAACUAUUUUACAAUACGUAUCUUAGCCGUAGGUUUACUAUUUAUUUAUUAUUUAUAACUGCGUAGAUUGCUUUUGUAUAUUUACAAUUACAAUUUAAAGAAACAAGUCCUCGAGCUCCAUUUUUAUUUUUUUUUAUUUACCGCGUACUUUUAUUACAAUUACAAAUAUAAUUACAAUUAGCAGAGUAACUGUACAUUUUAAAAAAGGUGAGUUGUAAACAGGCCUCUUUGCGAGCAUGUAGAAAAAAAAGUAUCACUUGUGUUAACAAUUGAUAAAUUUAAAUUGAGGAUUUUUGUGGUGAUAAUUGAUAAAGAUUUCACUAUGAGUGUGUACGUCUGUAAGAUUUAAACGCGAUCGCGUAAUUAGAUAAAAAAUAGAGUAAUAAAUAUAUGGACAUAUAUACAAAUAUAUAUAUUUAAAGAGAAAAUAAAUAAAAAAGAUGUAAUGGGGGAUCUUGUAUUACUGGAGUUGUAUAGUUUGUUGAGGUACAUAUUUUAUCAUUAAUUAUUAUCGUAUUGUACCGAGUGCUUUAUUUAUUUGGUUUAAAUAUAUCACGUAGUUAUUGCGAGAUUGAAUCAUGUGCAGCUAGAUUUAAUUACUAUUAUCAAAUAUUGUUUUCAAAUUUUGUGGUAUUAAACGCUGGUUCUAGUGGAAAGUUCACUCAUUAUGAUUUUCAUUAUUGUUUCGAUGAUACGUUUAUUAUACAUAGGGAACUCAAAUAUAUAUAUGUAGACGUUGAGGUGAUUUAUUGUAAAACAUUUGUUUGAUUCGAGUAAAUAUUAUUAAAUUUAAGAGCCUUCCGAUGUAAUUAAAGUUACCAACGAAUUAUAAUUACUUUUUAGUUACGGGUUUGAAUUAAUGGUAAAAAUAAUAAUUGAUCUUUUCUGAUACUUGGACUUAAAUCACAAAUAAUAAUAUUAUAUAUAUGAUAAAUAAAAUAUGAAAUAAAAAGUGAACAGAACUGAAAAAACAGAAUAACAUAUUUCGGAAAAUAAACAACCCAAUUUUUGAGAAGAGAUCAAUUACUUUUUAGUAAAUUAUUUUGAUUAGAAAUAAUUAACAAAAAAUUAGCUAAUAUAUGCAGACUACGUACAAGUUACAUGGCAAUGCCGUAGUAAGAUAAAUCAGGUUUUAAAUCACAUUGAGUGUUAGAAAAAAAAACGUUUAAUAUAGACUAUAAAGUUGAUUACUAAAUUAAUUAGUUACUUAAUUAAUAAAAUUAAUAAUUAUUAUUAUUAUUAUUAAAAAUUUCCAGAGCGAUAAUUUAUUGAUUUAUUAACUGGUCACGUAUGACUGCCGCCAAAUUUGAAUUUUAUUUAAAUAAUCUGUUAACUUUACUGGUAUUGCGAUGAAUUUUUUAAAAAAUGGGUAUUAUUUUUUUCAUUACAUUACUAAGUCAUUAUUUUUUGAAGCUUAAUCUUUAUUGGGAACAACAAUUCGUGACAAUUAAAUAUUCAAUAAAAUUUGUUACCAAUUAAAAGUAAUUAUCGUACCUGGUUAAUUAAUUAUUGCUUUUAAUUUAUGGUUUACUACUUUAUCGAUUUAUUGAACUUGUGUUGUAGUACUUAAGUUGUAAAAAAAAAAAACAAAAAACAAAAAAAAAGUGUAACCGUUGUUUGUUAAUUGCGCACUUGCAAACAGCUUGAGCUGCAUGUGCCGUUGAAAAAUUAUAAAAUAUUAUAAUUAUUAUAGUAUUGUGUGUACAAUCAAGCAAUAGGCGGCACGUGUCAGCUCAAAUUUAUAACGAUUGUAUAAAUGUUAAUCGUAUAAUCAAUAGUAUUAUUAUUAUCAUCAUUGAUAUUAUUAUUAUUAUUAUUAUUAUUAUUAUUAUUGUGGUUAUUACUAUUAUUAAAUUAUGUUAACUUGCGCAUUAUCUGUAGAGCAACAGAAACGAAUGUAAUAAAAAUAUUUAAAGAAUUGAUGAUUUGAAAACCAAUUAAAUGUAAUUCACGAUGAUAUAAAUUUAGCUGUAACAUAAGCAUAAAAAAUAAAACAAUUAAAAUAUAUGUGUAAUAAGCAAAUGGUGAUUAUUAACAAUGUUGCGGCCACAUACUUCUGAAAUUAAACAUUGAUGUUAAUUAUUCUUCAGCUGGUUCAUCGUUUUCUUCCCAAAGACAAACUCGACUUAACAAUUAAAUGUAUAUCUGUACUUAUUUUUUGGUUCGACCAAUAUCUUUGGUAUUAUGAAUAAUAACUAUAUAUAAAUAUAUAAUCAUGUA